GGAAAGUCACACGCCCUGUCUUUAUUUCUUUUUGGCUUUAUUUAUGUUGUGUUACUACUUUUCAAUGCGAAACGGAGAAGGAGAAGACAGUUGAGGUUGACGUUUUUGAAUACUGACGACUCCUUCCAAGAGUUCGAAAUAUAUAUAGCCGCGGGCACUACUAAAACAGUACAACUCUCCAUAACUAGGGUUUUUUCAUAGCUGGCUUUGUCUGUUUUUAUAUAAACCCAACACAACAGAGGAAGAAUGACAAGGACAAGGUGUUAUUUGGACAUAAGCAUAGGAGGAGAACUUGAAGGAAGGAUAGUUGUGGAACUUUACAAUGAUGUUGUACCUAAAACUGCUGAGAAUUUUAGGGCUCUUUGUACUGGUGAAAAGGGUAUUGGUCCUAAUACUGGUGUUCCCCUUCAUUACAAGGGAGUUCGUUUUCAUCGUGUGAUUAAGAGCUUCAUGGUGCAAGGUGGUGAUAUUUCUGCUGGCGAUGGUACUGGGGGAGAAUCCAUCUAUGGGCUUAAAUUUGAAGAUGAAAAUUUUGAAUUGAAGCAUGAAAGAAAGGGAAUGUUAUCUAUGGCUAAUUCUGGACCUAACACUAAUGGAUCUCAGUUUUUCAUCACAACUACUCGAACUUCCCAUCUAGAUGGAAAACAUGUGGUUUUUGCAAAAGUAAUCAAAGGAAUGGGGGUUGCUCGUUCUAUGGAACAUGUGACUACUGGUGAAAAUGAUUGCCCAACAGUAGAUGUCAGUAUUGCGGAUUGCGGAGAAAUUCCUGAGGGGGCUGAUGAUGGUAUUACAAAUUUUUUCAAAGAUGGAGAUCUAUAUCCUGAUUGGCCUGCUGAUCUUGACGACAAUUCUGAUGAUAUCUCUUGGUGGGUCACCGCGUUAGAGUCUAUUAAGGCAUUUGGUAAUGAAAAUUUUAAGAAACAAGAUUACAAGAUGGCUCUUAGGAAAUAUCGAAAAGCUUUGCGCUAUUUGGAUAUCUGCUGGGAGAAAGAAGGGAUAGAUGAAGAUAGGAGCGCACAUUUGAGAAAGAUGAAAUCACAGAUAUUUACCAACAGUUCUGCUUCUAAACUAAAACUAGGAGAUCUGAAGGGAGCACUCUUAGAUGCUGAUUUUGCAAUGCGGGACGGAGAAAACAACGCAAAAGCUCUAUUUCGUCAGGGGCAGGCACAUAUGGCUCUUAAUGACAUAGAUGCUGCAGUUGAAAGCUUCAAGAAAGCAUUGGAGCUGGAGCCAAAUGAUGGGGGAAUUAAAAACCAACUUGCUGCUGCUAAAAAGAAGAUUGCUGAUAGACGUGACAAGGAGAAAAAAGCAUUUGCCAAGAUGUUCCAAAAUUAGUUGCGGUACUCAUCUAUUGGCAAUAGCACUUUCAAUUAAUACUUAUCAAUUGCCAUCAUUCUGGGAGUUGCUUCUGCUUUUCCGAAAAAGGAUAGUUUAUGCCUUGUUUCGAGACACAUCAGUCCUGAUCUAUGCACUGAAUUAACUUUAGAUGAACUGCUCAGGCUAUUCUUGAUUACGUGUACCAAUUAGCAGAAGGGGUUUUAGGUGUCAAUGCACCUUCAUUUGUCAUUAAUCAGCUGUUAAUAAGCUACAUUGAGGGGGAAAAAAAAUUAAUCAUGAGCAUCGUUAUCCAAUGUUUUUGUUAAAUUUUGCUAACUUGCAAGGUAACUUUCUUGCAAUAUCUGUAGCCUUAUAUUUCCCCUCUGUGAUGGAAAUAACUUGUAUGUAACUUAGCUGAGGUAUAGGGCGUAUGAUGGGAGAUUUGGUUUUGUAUUC